AUGGCCGACCGUGAGCAACCCUACGACCCGUACAUCCCAUCUGGAGGCGCCAACCCCCAGGCCGGUGGCGCAAAUCAGAAUGGCAACCAUCGCACAGCUGCCCUCCAAGCGGAAAUCGACAGCACCGUCGGAAUCAUGCGAGACAACAUCAACAAGGUCUCCGAGCGCGGCGCCCACCUAGACUCGCUACAGGACAAGACCGACAACCUCGCCGUGUCCGCCCAGGGCUUCCGACGCGGCGCCAACCGGGUCCGCAAGCAGAUGUGGUGGAAGGACAUGAAGAUGCGCAUGUGCCUCAUCGUGGGCAUCAUCAUCCUUCUCAUAGUCAUCAUUGUACCCUCAGUUGUCGCUACCAAGCAUUAA